AUGCCAGCGACGACUACCCUCUUCCGCGCCGCCCGACCGGCCUUCCGCCAGUCCGCCUUCGGCGCACACCGAGCCGCCUUCCAGCAGCGCGCAUCCCAGGGCGCCGGCCGCAGAUGGCAGAGCACCACCGCCGAGGGCGCCCAGCAGUCCUGGGCCAAGCGCAUGUGGGACUCCCCCAUCGGCUUCAAGACGGUGCACUUCUGGGCCCCCGUCAUGAAGUGGGCUCUGGUCCUCGCCGGCAUCUCCGACUUUGCUCGUCCCGCCGAGAAGCUGUCUCUGACCCAGAACGGUGCCCUGACCGCCACCGGUCUCAUCUGGACGCGGUGGUGCUUUGUUAUCACCCCCAAGAACUACCUGCUUGCUGCUGUUAACUUCUUCCUCGGUCUUGUCGGUGUCGUCCAGUGCAGCCGUAUCCUGAUGUGGCAGCAAUCGCAGAAGAACGGCGCCCUGCCCUCCGCCACCGAGCUGAAGGACGAGGCCAAGGAGAAGGUCGAGGAGAAGGUUGAGGAGGUCAAGGCCGCUGUCAAGUCGUCUUAA